UUAAUCGAUUUGACGUAAGACACAAUGGAAUGGCGUCAACUUGUAUUAUAGGAAAAGACCACUUUCAAUUUCACCGAAAUUGCAUAAAAUCAUUAUUUUAUAGUCAGUAUUUUAUUUGCAUUUCUUAAAUUAAAUGAAAUAUAAUAAUAAUAAAAAGAAUUUUAUGUUAUAAUAUGUAUAAAAGAAAGUUAUUUUGAAAGUUGUUUUCCAUUGCUGUUCUCAGCUCAGCAACAGUUUUCAGAAAGCACCUGUGUGUAUAUUAUUUAUAUAAUGGCUUGUGAAGAUUGUGCAACAAAAUUUGGAGUUUUGAAGAGAAGGAAAACCUGUAAUGACUGCAGUUAUGACUUUUGCUCAUCAUGUAUUAUAAAAGUGAAAGGAACAGAUAAACACCAAAGAUGCAGAAGAUGUAAAGUUCUUUUUUCGUUUCCUCUUGACAAAACUGCAGUUAAUAAUUUACGCAUCAGAGAUCUAAAAUGGUAUCUGGGACGAUUGGCAGUUUCUGUACACGGUUGUCGAGAAAAGUCAGAACUAGUUGACUUAGUAAUGUUACAUUCUGGAAGUUACUUCGUGGAAUCUCGGCCAGUCUACAAUAGGUCUCACAAUACUCCAAUGUCCAGUUCCAAUUCGGAAAGAUAUAAUAAUACUUACACAUCUCCUUUAAGAAGUCGUAGUGCUCCUCACAGUCCAGGUCCUUCGAGAAAUUACAGAGAUUUUAGAAAUGGUGGCUCCGAGGAAAAUGUAUCGAGAUCGUGUCCACAAUCUCCUCCAUUACAGCACGAAAAUAUUGCUUCUGCUUCAGCUCUUAAUUCCUUAUACAAUUCUAAAGAACAGAUAAAUGAUGAUUGUUUUAAGCCAGUGAGUAUUGAAGAUGUAGUAAAUCCUGAACAAAUAUCAGAUCUCAGUGUUAGGCAAUUAAAGUUGAUUCUAACCAGAAGUUUUGUAGACUAUAGAGGAUGUUGUGAAAAGCAUGAAUUACAAGAUAGAGUGUUACGUUUAUGGAAUCAAAAAAAGAGUCAAAAAAUAGAUAUUGAUACUGUUCCAGAUGAAAAUAUGUGCAAAAUAUGUAUGGAACAUCCGAUAGAUUCAGUUCUCCUAGAAUGUGGUCACAUGACAACGUGUACAGACUGUGGGAAACGCUUGCAUGAAUGUCCCAUCUGCAGACAGUAUGUUGUGCGCGUAGUUCAUACUUUUAAAGCAUAAAAGUCAAUGCAUCUUCCUAUACGAUAUACCAAAACUUUAUUAAUUACUUUAUAUACAAAUAUAUUUUGUUUAUUCAUUAUAUCUUAAAGUAUUUUACAUUAUUCCUUUAUUUCUGAAUAGUGUAAAAUAAACCAUUCUAUAUAUUUACUAUAGAAGGUUGAAUUAUUUUAUUAUUAAAUGUUGUUCCUAAACUUUUUUCUCUUGAAGUAUAUUGUAACUUUGUUUCUUUCUUUCUAUCAGUACUAGAAUAAUUCCAUAUGUUAAGGACAUACCCUUUUUAUUUUAAUUCUUUUUCUUCUGAUAACUGUCUUCAGAUUAAAGUUGAAUGCUAUAUUAUUUAAUUUUAUAAUAUAUAGUUGAGUGUUUUUGAAAGUGUGAUGAAGAUGCUCUUAUUGUUACUUCCACUACAGUCUUUCCCUCUUUGAACUACAAAAUGGCAUAAAUAUAGUAAAACUGAGAGCAUUUAUUUCCAUUUUAAUUUCUUAAAAGAUUUAAUAUAUCAAGUGCCUUUUGUUGUACAUUAGUUUAAACUAUGAAUGACAUUACACUUGCAUUAAGUCACCAUCACUUGUCAUUUUUAGUAAAUUACAGAACCAAAAUUGUUAACACACAUUAUCCAAGAAAGACGGAAAAAAAAAAUGUUAAAUUUUGGGAUAAAUAUUGCAUAAUGUUAGAAAUAUUGUAAAUAAACAUGAUGUUACACUUUGUAGAUGCAAUUUUAAUGCAUCUCAACUAUAGGUGCACGCAUCUCAAGAAUAACCUUUGUAGAUAGAACAGAGGAUUUAUUGAAAUAUAUAUGUAAUAAAUAUUACUAUUCUUAAAUAAAAGUAUAUUUGAUUGUAA